AUGUUUCGCCCUGUUGGGCGGCGGGCGUGGACAUGCCGUGAAUGUCUCCUGCGCAAACACUCCCGAACCUUUGCAAGCGCCGCCUCUCCUGUUCCUCGAUUGCAACCAGAUUACGUCCCAGUCGACAAUAGCUCACCGAGGAAGAACGCUGACGACGAUGCUUUACGCCGCGUAUUCGACUCACAGCCAUUUUGGAAAGACUUCUCGCGCGCACGAAACGCAACAUCGUCCAAGUCGGCGGGUUUAGUUCAGAACCAAUACUUGACGAGCCCCGAUGGCUUCAGAGCGUUUGCUCACGUAUCGUUGCACAAAUGUCAGGCUAUUGUAGCCAAGGUUCUCGAGGCCUCGACCCUGGAUGAAUACCGAGGACUGGCACGGAAUCUGGACCGACUCAGCGACCUCCUUUGCCGCGUGAUAGACCUUUCCGACUUUAUUCGAACCAUUCACCCCGAUCGACGAAUUCAAGAAGCAGCGACGCAGGCGUACGCUCUCAUGUUCGAAUAUAUGAAUGUGCUGAACACUACAACGGGCCUCCAUGAGCAAUUGGGCAAAGCUCUUGAUAAUCCGGAAGUGACGUCGCACUGGACAGAGGCGGAAACCAUCGUCGCCAAGAUUCUUAUGAGGGAUUUCACAAAUUCAGCAAUUCAUAUGCCACCGGCUGAAAGGCAGCGAUUCGUGAACCUCUCUAACGAUGUCAGCCAGGUUGGCUCAGACUUCUUUGGGGGAGCAGAGCCAGCAAGAUCACAGGUGACGUUCGGUGCCAACAGCCUUCAAGGGCUAGAUCCUAUUGUGAUCCAGCAAAUCAAGAAGUGGAAUAACAAGGCACCGGUACCAACGAUGGGAGUCGUCCCUAGACUUGUUCUACGAUCCGUACGAGACGAAGACGUGCGGAAAGAGGUGUAUCUCGCAACGCGUACAUCUAGUUCCCGCCAAAUUCAUCGCCUCGAGAAACUCUUGAAGAAACGAGCCGAACUCGCUCAGAUUUCUGGCUUUAACAGCUUCGCUGACAUGACCCUGAGCGAUAAGAUGGCCAAAAGCCCCGAAGCGGUUUCGAAUUUCCUGACGUCCCUCAUCUCAAGCAACCAGGGUCUUGUUAGUGAAGAACUAUCUCAAUUGCAAAAAAUGAAAGGCAGUGCCCUCAAGCCAUGGGACCACGCGUUCUAUGUCCACAAACGUGUGAUGGAAUAUUCCCAGUCUCGCCGCUCACGCGAAUUGAGUGCCGUCCCUGAGUUCUUCUCGCUCGGGACAGUCAUGCAAGGCCUCUCUCGACUCUUUGACAGACUUUAUGGUGUUCGUCUUGUUCCCCAAGAGACAGCUCCUGGCGAGACCUGGCAUCCGGAUGUCCGCCGACUGGAUGUCGUAGACGAGUCCGAGAAGCACAUCGCGGUCAUCUACUGCGAUCUUUUUACUCGAGCUAGCAAACUGCCAAAUCCAGCUCAUUUCACCCUGCGGUGCUCGCGCGAAAUUUCCGCCGAUGAAGUUGCAGAAUGCGCUUCCCUGCAUGAGAAUGCGCACCCGAAUGAUGGCAUGGCGACUGCAGUCGAUCCUCAGACCAAGACCCUGCGCCAGCUGCCAACAAUUGCCCUUGUUUGUGACUUCCAAGAGCCGGUCACAAAUGGAUCGGGCCGCCCCACGCUCUUGAGUGAACAAAGUGUACGCACUCUAUUCCACGAGAUGGGCCAUGCCGUCCACUCGAUCCUAGGCCAGACACCGCUCCAGUCAAUCUCUGGAACUCGAUGUGCAACCGAUUUUGCUGAGCUUCCCUCCGUGCUGAUGGAGAGCUUCGCUACUGCUCCCGAAGUCCUUUCUCUGUAUGCGCGUCACUGGAAGACUGGCGAGCCUCUGUCUGAGAACAUGAUGCGCAGUAUGGAGUUGGAUCGGACUGCCCACGGAUCUAUAUACGGUGCUGUUGAGAACGAGGCGCAGAUCCUUAUGGCUCUCGUUGAUCAAGCAUAUCACUCCAUUCCUUCGAGCGACGCAACUAAGGGUAUCGAUACCACCGACAUCUACCACAAGGUGUUCUCUCAAUACUCUAGCCUCCCCGACCCGGACGAUGUUGGACCUCGGACUUCGUGGCAAGGCUUCUUCGGUCACCUCUACGGCUAUGGCGCCACCUAUUAUAGCUACAUCUUCGACCGCGCUAUUGCCAAUAAGAUCUGGCAGGACGUCUUCCAAUCCGGCCGAACAUCCGUGGAUCGGGCCGCCGGCGAACGCUACAAAAACGAAGUUCUUCGUUGGGGUGGUGGCCGUACAGGCUGGGAGUGUGUAGCAGGGGUUCUAGGAGAACAGAACCCUUCGAAUGCCAAUGGUCGUCUUGUGGAAGGUGGUGAUGAGGCUAUGCGCGAGGUCGGUCGCUGGGGAUUGGGCCGUGAUGGGGUGUCGGGCUAA